AUGGUUGGUAAAAUUAUUGAGAUAUGCAAACAAAAGGAAAUUUUAUAUAAAUUUUUUUUGAGGGGUAAAUAUAUGAAUAAUUAUAUGUACACACGUAAUUAUAGUGAUAAUGUAAAGGAUCACUUUAAUAAGCCAAGAAAUGUUGGGUCAUUUGACAAAAAUGAGAAAAAUAUCGGAACAUCCAUAGUUGGAAAGGCUUCUUGUGGUGAUGUUAUAAAAUUACAAUUAAAAAUUGAAGAUAAUGUAAUUAAAGAUGCUCGUUUUAUGGCAUUUGGUUGUGGGUCAGCUAUAGCUAGUAGUUCAUAUGCAACAGAAUUAAUAAAAGGAAAAACAAUUGAUGAAGCUUUAAAAAUUAAAAAUGAUGAUAUUGCUUCCCAUUUAAAUCUACCCCCUGUUAAAAUCCAUUGUAGUUUAUUAGCAGAAGAUGCUAUAAAACAUGCCAUUAAAAAUUACAGAGAAAAAGUUAUAAAUUGA